CUCUAUCAACCAAAUCCCAAAUCACCAAACACAAAAUUCUUCACUGUUUUCAACCCUUUUCUGGUCAGCUAACUCUUGUGUUUAGUUUGCUAUGGCAUCCCACACUCGCCCAGCUCCCAACAUGCAUAAACUCAUCAAAAAUGACAGGAGAAUGUUAUCCGCCUCUGAUGAUAAUGCUAUGACAAAGCAAAUUCUUGCAACACAUGCUCCCGAUGGGCGCAUGGUCGAUUUCAAGCCGAUUCUGUUCACCAUUGAGGAUGUUAUCCGACGUGCCACUCCCGCUAUCGGAAACGUUCUAGAUGGCAAUGGCCAGCAUGAGGAUAUGUUGGAGGACCACAUCAGCUCGGCCGAGAUGGAUGGCGUGCUUGAAUCACUGACUUACGUCAUACAAAAAGUCGGAGCCGAGCUAGCAUGUAAGUGUUCAGGUGGAGAUGCACAUGCCUCAACUAUGGCUAUACUGAACUUACUGUCAAAUUACUCAUGGGAUGCAAAAGUGGUGAUCACAAUGGCUGCCUUUGCUGUGAACUAUGGACAGUAUUGGCUUUUGGCUCAACUUUACACAACCAAUAUGCUAGCCAAGGCUCUGGCUCUGCUCAAGCAAUUGCCUGAUGUAAUGGAGAAUUCCAGUUCACUGAAACCUCAAUUUGAGGCGCUUAACAAACUCGUCAAGGCUAUGUUGGACGUAACGAAAUGCAUCGUUGAGUUCACCGAGUUGCCAUCUCAAUACAUUUCGCAGGACACGCCUGCAAUGUCAGUUGCCAUAGCUCAUUUUCCUACAGCUACAUAUUGGACCAUCAAAAGUGCGGUGGCGUGCACGUCGCUGAUUGAAAGCCUCGUCAGCUUGACUCAUGAGCGGAUUAUGUCAACCACCGAAGUAUGGGAACUUUCGAGCUUGGCUCACAAGGAAACGAAUAUAUACGAGCAUCUCCGGACUCAGCUGGAUCUUUGCUUACAACACAUAGAUGGUAAGAAACAUUUGGAGGCCUAUCAGAAUCUUGUGAGGAUUUCAGAAACUCAUCAUCUAGACAACAUGAAGUUCAUCAGGGCCUUGAUUUCUGCAAGAGAUGACAUACAGCCUCUCUAUGAUGGGACCUCGAAAACCACGGUUCACCUUGAAAUAUUGAAAAGGAAACAUGUGUUGCUGUUGAUCUCGGAUCUUGAUAUCUCCCAUGAAGAGGUUAUGGUUCUAGACAACUUAUUCAAAGAGUCACAACAACGACAGGAAAUUCGAUAUGAGAUAGUGUGGAUUCCGAUCAUCGAUCAAUCGAUCGAACAGCAAGGCAAGAAUAAACACACGUUUAAGGAGGUGCAAAUGAUGAUGCCAUGGUUCAGUGUGCAUGAGCCUUCAAUAAUUGAGCGCUCAGUCAUAAGGUUCAUCAAAGAAAAAUGGAACUUCACAAAGAAGACAAUCUUAGUAGCCUUAGAUCCACAAGGAAAGGUGUCUUCCACCAAUGCCCUUCACAUGCUUUGGAUAUGGGGAAAUCAAGCCUUCCCUUUCACAUCAGAGAGGGAAGAAGCGCUCUGGAAAACAGAGAGCUGGAGACUCGAACUUCUCAUAGAUGGCAUAGAUUUAUCUAUUCUCGACUGGGCGGCAGAAGGAAGAUACAUUUGUCUAUUUGGAGGGGAAGACAUGGAAUGGAUCAAGGAGUUCACAAUGAAAACAAAACAAGUAGCAGAAGAAGCAAAAGUAGACUUACAAAUGGCGUAUGUGGGGAAGAACAAUGCGAAAGAACGCGUCAGGAAAAUCACCAUCAUGAUUGGAGAAAACAAGCUCAGCCAUUACUGGCCAGAUUCCACAUUGAUCUGGUUCUUCUGGGCAAGAUUAGAGAGCAUGAUGUACUCAAAAUUAAACCAUGGAAGAACAGUUGAGAAUGACCAAAUAAUGCAAGAGAUUAUGACCCUUUUGAGCUUCGAUGGAAGUGACAAAGGGUGGGCCAUUUUCUUCGGAAGAGGAGGGGAAAUGACAAGAGCCAAAGGAGAAACUGCUCUUGGUUGCAUAUUGGCAUACGAGGAGUGGAAAACAGAGGUGGAAGAGAAGGGAUUUCUGACGGCGUUGGCUGAGUAUCUGCAGCAACUUCGAACCCCACAUCACUGCAACCGCCUGAUUCUGCCGGGACUGGCCGGAAACAUACCGGAAAACGUGGUGUGUGCAGAGUGUGGAAGGGCCAUGGAAAAGUACCUGAUGUACCGAUGCUGCGUGGAAUGAUUAAACCGAAAUGGAAGAAGGGAUAUGGGAAGUUUGUUUGUUUGUUUGUUUUCCAGAAAUCUUUUCAGGCAGUUUAUUUUGGAAAAGUUGUCUACUUUGAUUGAGUUUUGUUGUUUCUUCAUGUUGGGUAUGCGUUUAAAGAGAUCUCUCCAUGUACUGUGUAUGGUGGAAGAUCAAACCAUAAAUAAAGCUUUAUCAUUUCUUUCUCUCUGUGUUCAUGUUCAGACCUGCAAAAAAAA